CAAUUGCACCCCAUCCACCUGCGAGCUGACAAAAUAACUAAUAAGUUUUCGUUAUCAGAGCAGCUGCAAAGCGGUGAAUUUUUUGAUAAUUUUUUCUAAAAAUUGAACAAGUUGUGUUUCAUUUAAAUUGUUUAUACCAAAAUGAAAUCAUUUGGAUCUAGAAUCUAGUAUUGGCUUUUGUUAUUUGGUUCCUAUCAUCGUCAUGGUUGAUCAAAGUGUUCAAGGAGAAUUCCAAUUUUCUUGAGAUAUCGCCACGAAUAUUUGCUGAAUUUGGUAACUGAGAAGUGCUGCAUUCUUCAACGCUAAAAUGUUUUCUAUUUUUGGAGGUCGCGCCAACUUGUCAAAACGGUUAUAUUACGUACACGAACGGAGCGUAGUAAAAAUACUUCCCAAUUUUCGAAGUCGUAAUAAUAUCUCAAAACAGUUGCAUUGUUUACAACAAAAUCAUGCUAGAAGCGAUGUAAAACAGAUGUUUCUGAGUUCAACAAUCUGCGCUGACUUCUCUGAUAAAUUACGUUACUCGCAUACAGACAGUUUAUAUUCGAGUUUCCAUAAACAUACAGAUUUCUCUAAAGAGUUAUAUUCGACCUCACAGAGUUUGACAGAUGAUCUUGGUGAUUUAAUAGGAGAAUGGCUUUGGCGUUUUGAUUCGCUGGGCGUAAUUGACGCUACAGUUAUAGCUGGCACUUUCAAUGUUUUAUCAAAAUUGGAUAUUUUCGACUCAUCGUGGGUUAAGGAAGAUCAAGAUAAUUUCAAGAAGCUCAUCGUCAAACUUGCUGAGAAAGCUGAUAACGCUACAAUGAUUUAUAACUUCAGUUCUUGGCAGAUUUCAAACAGUCUAAAUGCUUUUUCCAAAUGGAACGUGUUCAGAACUUAUUAUUGGGAAGCGGAUCAAGUUAAUUUGUUCAAAUCUUUAGUUGCUAGAUUGAUAAAUCAAGGAAACUAUCUGAUGGACCCGAAAACUAAAAUACCCGAUAGAUUUACUGCUCAGGCUGUUACUAAUAUUUUAAACGCUUUGUCAAAGUGGAAUAUCGACGAGUUACCCGGGUGCAGAGAGUUCAUCGUUCGGCUGAUGAAGCAUGGAAUACUGGUUGCAAAAAGAAACUCCGGAGUUGAUAGGUUCAAUUCUUUGAACAUCGUCAAAACCUUGAACGCGAUGUCAAAGUGGAAAACAGAUGAAUUACAAGGAACCAAAGAAUUCAUCAUACAGUUAAUGAAACAUGGAAAUUUGAUAGCUGGUGAAUUCAGUCCUCGAGAGAUUGCUGGUAGUUUGAAUGCUUUGUCUAAAUGGAAUGUCGACCAAUUACAAGAAGCCAAAGGAUUCAUAACAAGGCUGAUUAAACAAGGAAACGUAACUAUUGACAAGUUCAACUGUCAAGAUAUCGCCAAUUGCUUAAACGCUCUGUGCAAGUGGAACAUCGCCGAGUACGAAGGAGCUGAAAAAUUUAUCAUUCAGUUGGUAAAACGAGGUGGUGGCAUAGCUGGUGGAUUUAAACCUCAAGAAAUUUCUAAUUGCUUGAAUGCGGUGUCCAAAUGGAAUUUAAACGAAUUACAAGGAACUAGACAGUUUAUCAUUCAGUUGGUGAAUUGUGGAAAUUUAACAGCUAACAAAUUCGAUCCUCUGGGCAUCUCCACUAGUUUGAAUGCUCUUUCAAAAUGGAACAUAGAUCAAUUUCCAUCUUCUAAAGAAUUCAUUAUUCAGCUCGUUAAACGAGGUGAUUUUUCCAUCAGCGGAUUUAAUCCUCAAAGUGUCGCUAACAGUUUGAAUGCCUUAGCCAAGUGGAGUAUUGAUGACUUACCAGGAGCUAGACAAUUCAUUACCAAGCUUCUAGAUAGAGGUAUUUCAACUGUUGAUGGAUUUAGUUCGCAAGCUAUUUCUAAUUCCUUAAAUGCCCUGUCCAAAUGGGAUAUUAGGGAGUUUGAAAAAUCUAGAAAGUUCGUCGUUUUAUUAAUAAAACGAGGCCAUGAAACGCUCAGUGGAUUCGAACCACAAGCUAUUGCUAAUAUUUUGAAUGCAUUGUCCAAAUGGAACAUUGACGAAUUUGCAGGAUCUAAAGAAUUCAUCGUUGAAUUAGUGAAAGAAGGAUCUUUGAAGGCCGCCCAAUUCGAUCCUCAAAACAUCGCCAAUAGUUUAAAUGCUUUGUCUAAAUGGGACAUCAACGAAUUACACGGAGCUAAAAAAUUCAUCGCGCAGUUGAUAAAUCAGGGCAAUUUAAUAGCUGAUAAAUUCGAUUCUCAAGAAAUCGCCAACAGCCUUAAUGCAUUACGUAAAUUCGACAUUUUUAAUCGUGACAAAUGGAACGAAGAAGAAACGUCAAAUUUCAAAAUUUUCAUCAUUCAACUUGCCGCUAAAGGAGAAGAGAUUUACGAAGAAUUUGAUUCGCAAAGUGUUGCCAAUGCUUUCAACGCCCUUUUGAAAUUGGAGAUUCUAAAUGAUGACAAAUGGAUGCAAAAUGAACAAAACCAGCUCAAGAAUUUCGUCGUCAUGCUUGCCAGUUUAGAAAAACCUUGUCAAGAAUACACUCUCGAAAGUGUUUCGUGUGUCUAUAGCCCAUUACUGGACUGGAACGUUUUUUACAACGAUAAAUUCGACGUCGGUGCACUGAAAGAGUUUGAAAGUCUGAUUAGUAAUUUGGAAAAUCGAAUUUUCACCAUUACCGAACAGCAGUGCUUUGUUGAACCUGACGUUGAUAUAAGAUUUGCUGCUCAAAUCAUCAAAGAUUUGAUCAAACUAAAGUCUAACGAUUUGAUAAUGUCUGAAAAUAGAGUCCUUGUUGAUUUAAUGCGAUGUUUAAGCAUUAGUGUAGACAGAUGUAAAGCUAGUCAUUUGAUGGAUAGUUGGACUCGGAAAAAUAUUCUAUCUGGUUUACAGGAACUUUGUAACAUAGUUCGCGAAUCAAAUGAUAGGUCUAAUUUUGAAGGUGUAUUUGAUGAAAAUCUAAUCGAAAUAUACGAAAAAUUAAUUAAAUUAAAUGUGAUAUAUGCUGAUAAAGUAUUGGAAAAAAUAAGCGAGCUUCAUGAAUUAAGGAUAAUAAAAGAUCGUGAAGUAUUGAAUACGUUGAAAAGAUCUGCUAUCUGUUAGAUGUGGAGAAUGAGAAAAUUUUGAUGGAUAUUUAUGGGUUGAAUGAGUUUUGAAAUUCGAAUUGUAAUUUUACAAAUUUUAAGCUCAAAAUUGAAGACAAAAUGAAGGGAAGUACAUAAGUGAUUUGAAGUUUCUUGAGAUAUUGAGAUGAAAACUGAAAAAUUCUAUUUCAGUAGGUAGGUAGGUAUUUAGUUGCAAUUUUCAAGUUCUUACUUUGUUAGUUUUGUGUAAACAGUCUUCGAAAUUCAAUCUUUCGUCAUUCGCUUACUUUCAAUACUUUUUUUUAGGUACCUACCUAAUAAAUUAUUAUGUUUGACAUUUGUACAGUGUUCUCUUGUGAUAUGUUUCGUGAAAUAUAAUGUUGUAUGUAUUUGGA